AUGAUGCUCCUAAUGGUUCUUUUGUCCACGAUCGCUGUGGUAGCCUCUCUCGGCCUGCCUGCGACAAACGCAGCAAUGUCGUCCAGCUCACCAUACCCAUUCCCCCUCGAACAGAUCGACGCCAACACCGCCAGUCCCAACUCCAUCACCGUUCGCGGAAACGAGAUGAAAGUUGGUUCGCCGUGCCACGGAGUUGAAGGACAAUGGUACUGCAUGACCCAGACUUUCCAACGAUGCGCCUCGGGACAGUGGAGUGUGGUGAUGGACACCUCUUGGGGCACUGUUUGCGAGCCUGCCGGUUUCAGUUACGACUUCCAGCCCGCCUUCGCAAGCUGGUUCCCACCAGCGGAUUCGACGCAGACAAUUACUUGCAUAGCGACAGCUACGGCAACAGGUGGUCCGACGGUCGCGCCAGGAACGGGCACUUCUGAUGCAGCAAGGGCUGGAAAAGCAGCACCACGAUCCGCAGCUCGCGCGCUAGUCUUUGGCCUGGCGAGUGCUAUUUCUUGGUUGCUGGUAAUGUGA